AAAUGGCAGAUCAUCCGUCGAAGUCAGAUAUCCAAACAAUUUUCAAAAGAUUGCGAUCUAUACCUACAAAUAAGCAAUGCUUUGACUGUGGUAGCAACAACCCAACAUGGGCCAGUGUUACGUAUGGUGUGUUUCUGUGUAUAGACUGCUCCGCCACCCAUCGGUCAUUGGGUGUCCAUGUCACCUUUAUCAGGUCCACCCAGCUGGACACCAGUUGGACAUGGCUGCAGCUUAGAGCCAUGCAAGUCGGAGGCAAUGCCAAUGCUGUAGCAUUUUUCAGACAGCAUGGAUGUACAACAUCUGAUUCCCAGCAGAAAUAUCAUAGCAGGGCAGCAAUGAUGUACAAGGAGAAACUUACAUCCCUCGCCAAUAAUGCCAACAGAUUACACGGCACAAAGCUGACUCUUGACUCCGGUGAUCGAGGAAACAAGCUCCAUAUAGACAGCCAUGACACAACCUCCCCUGUCAGUAAGGAAGUUGACUUCUUUGAUGAGCACACAGAAUCAUUUGAUACGACACCUGCCCCAGCACCCAUUAGUGAUAGUGCCAAGCUCUUUUCCUCCACAGCGCCCAAGCCCAUUAAGAAUGGCAAUCUAAACAAGGAAAUAGACCCAUCAGAAGGCCCCAGUGUGGAGGCAGCCUUGAGCAUGUCCCCAACACAGGCAGCAGCUCAUGCAGAGCCCAGAAAGUCAAUCAUUGGUGCCAAGAAGCCUGCAGGGGGUCGUAAGGGGAAGAGUGGUAUGGGAGCCCAGAGAGUGAAAGCCAACUUCAAUGAGAUAGAGAGUCGUGCACAGCAGUUGGACCAGGAAAGAGAAACACUAGCAGCCAAUCAGGCAUUGGUGGAGGCUCGCACAAAGGAGGAACAAGAAAAACAGAUGGCUUCCAUGAGAUUAGCAUACAAAGAUAUGAGCUUACAGAGGAAAAAAGAGGAAGAAAAGUUGAAGGUGACUGACCCUAAGAAGGCUGCACAGUAUGAGCGGCUCGGUAUGGGCUUUGUCGGAAAUAGAGAGUUCAGUCAUUCUGCUAUAUCAGACAUGCAGACUAUUGAACAGUCUCAACCAAAUAAGUCUUCAAGCAAUUCAAAUGGUGCUGACCGCUUCGAUAGGAAACCAGCCCGAUCCAAGAAUUUCUUUGAUGAUGAAUUGGAUUCCAUGGGAUUUUCAUCAUCGUCUUCAAAAUAUGACAGUCCAUUUGGUGAAGAGAAGGAUUCCUUCAGUAGCUGGGGCAGUAGCAACAAGUCUGGUAGCUGGGAUAUAGAUCGAUUUGAAUCUAAACAGCAAAGCUUUUCUGAAACAUUGUCAUCUUCGCGGGAUGAUGACAGACCUAGUCGCAGUAGAAAGGCUUACGACUACAACACACCCUCUAAAAUCUCUGAUGAGGCCCAGAAAAAAUUUGCAGGUGCCAAGUCUAUAUCAUCUGACCAGUUUUUUGGUAACAAGGACAUGGAUUUUUCAAUGAAACAGAAUAUGUCUAGAUUUGAGGGAAGCUCCAGUAUAUCAAGUGCAGAUUUUUACGGGGAAUCAUCAAGUAAACGCUCACAGAACUACAACAAUUCUGGGCCAGACUUUCAGGACAUCAAGGAUGGUGUGAAACAAGGAGUAACUAAGGUGGCCGGCAAACUCUCGACAUUAGCCAAUGGUGUGAUGAACUCUCUACAGAACUAGAGCCUAGACAACAGAACAUGAAUGGUAGAUAUAAUUCAUAUCUUGAUAGAUAUGGAAGUUAAUGUUCUACUGGAGAUAAAUUACUGCCAAUUAAAAAGGAGUGUUUGAUUUGGUUCUGGCCAUUGGAACACAUCGGAGCUUACCAAGAUCGCACAACAAUUUCGAGCCCUAGACAUAGAACUGUCAGUUACCAUGAUACAGCAGACCAUUGGUGGAUAUGGUGAUUAGUCAGCAUUUGGGUUCCUUUGGAGAGUUAUGGUCUGUUACCUUCAUGAAGGAACCAUCUCCGCCACAACUAUCCCUAUGUACUGCUAUAUCCAUGGUUGCCUUAGGAAACUCACAACACAUAUUGCCAUAUUACCAUCAUUUUUUUUUUAUCCAGAAGUUUCUUGGCUUAUAUCUACCAUUGAAAUUUUAGGUCAUGUGACUGUUGUUUAAUGCAAUCCAGGGCAUUUGAACUUGUGCAAUGUGCAAAAUGAAGAUGGCAGAACAAGGGAUUGAUUUGUUGUAAUAAUAUAUCUGUAUGAAAAAGGAGAGGCAAUGUUUGUAAAAAAAAAGAUGUGUGUCCCACUUCUUGUUUACACUGCUCAGUUAACAAAUACUUAUUCUACCUAUAAACAACAGCAUUCAUUCCAGUCUGCUGUCAGAUUUACAAUAAAAAGAUUCAGAAAAAAAAAUCUGUAACACAUACAAGUUGUGUAGCGAUGUAUAAAUUUUUCCUCUGUUUGUUAAGUGAUCACUGUUGCAGGAUGAUCACAAUAUGGAAGAAGAAGUUAUUUAUCUGUUAUUUUGAGAAUGUGAGUGACUUGAACUGUGUGUGUGACCUUGUGAUGUGUCUAGAGUUACAAAUGAUAAAACUGGUAGUCAUAUUAUCUCAUUGAGUUGGUCUAUUCUCACUGGCUGGAGGCUUCGGUUAAGAAACCAAAGGCGAAACGUUAUAAAAAGAUUUGUUUGUGAUCACACAAUUGGCUGUGAUCGACAUCAGUCUUAACAUUAUUUAUAUGUGGACAUUGUUUUUAUCUUGUAAUCAUUUAAAUUAUAGUAUCUUGUAUAGAUUUAUCAACACAAAAGUAUAUCAAAGUACUGUUAAAAUAUGGGAAAGCUUUGUUUAUUUUGGUUUAUAAUUUUUGUUUGUUUUGAAGUAAAAUUUGUAUAUCGGUACUUAAAAGUACUGCAGUCAGUAAGAAGAUACAGUAUUGUCCUUUCCAGUUUAAAAAACUAUUGGUAAGCUUUUGCAGGUAUUCACAGUCGCUAUUAAAUUUUAUUUAAUCUCAAACAGAGAGUGUGACAGUCGUGACUCAAUCUUAAUAAUGUAUCAUAUAUAGAGUGGUGAUGUUACUUUACAUCAAGAGAGUUUGUGCGUUUCUUGUUCAGACUGAUUGUCUGAUUGUGUGUGAUAAUUUGUCAGGUACAGAUGAUAUUGUAUAUUAGAUAUGGCAUUUUUUAAAAAAAAUUUCUUUGUGACUUGGUUUUUUUUGUCCACCGUGAAUCCUUGUGAAAGUUAUCUCCCUUGUCAUAUUAUCACCUCAUGCUUUUCUGCAGAGGUAAUUGUCACACUGUGUGAGAGGUAAAAGACAUGGUAAAAUAAGUGUUCUAAUUGAUAUUUAGUUAAUUCUACAUCACCUAUUUCCUCAGAAUUCGCAUGUCAGCUGUAAGAUGAAGGUAGCUAGUUUAACAGUUUGUAGCGGAUAAGUGCUCUUUUAUAUACAAUAUAUGUAACAGCACUGUAUUCAGUUAUGUUUUAUUAGCAUUUCAACACAAAUUGGGAAAUUUCUUGUCUUAUUUACUGAUAAAACAUAUUUAGUGCUUACGUUUUUUAAAAAUUUGUUAAGAGGAGGAAUAAAUGUGUGGUUAUGAAUAGGAUUUGGAAAACGUUGCGACAUUUUUUAAUUGUGACAGAAUUACUUAUAAGGUAUGAUCUAGUUUACAUCUUAUGAUUCCAAAUAGAGGCCAUCCUACGUGAAUCUUUAGGCAAUCAAGGUUGUAUCUAAAUCAUCUGUUUUAUCAGUUAUGAUAAUAUGUUAUUAUCCUUCAUCAGAUAAGAAAUCUAUUCCUGUUUUCUUAAUGCAUUGUGGUAUUGUCACUGACAUUCAUCUGUAUACUGUGAAUGAAAUGCUUAUUCACAUAAAGUCAAGGCUAAAUUUGAAAGGUAAUAUAGAUAUACAUGGAUGAUGAGAAAAUGUUUGGAUGAGCUGUUGUUACUUAAUAUGAAAUGACUUGACAGGAGAGAUUUAUGAUAUAUUAAUAUGUUAUGUGUUGAAGAGUUGUAAUGAUAUCUGAGGUAUUACAGCUGUACAUGCUGCCAUUUUCACAUUGUAACUUUACCAUGUAUACAGAUAUCCAGAAAGGUGAAGGACAUUUGAUGACUAGAAAAGAUUUUUUAAAAAUGUAAUUCCUUGUCCAUUGUUGAAUUUGUUUUUGAUCAUCAUGUCUGAUGCGGUAGGUAUUUAUUUACAAAGAUUUGUUAUAUCAUACAAGGGACUUGUUCUACUGAUUCAGUAUCUUAAAACUCUAAAUACUAUGACUGUACCUGCUACACAAUCACCAUCGUCAGUUAUAUAUAUUUAGGUGGCACUUCCCUACAGUAUAUUACUUUUGACUAUCCGUUCGGUCCUGCUAAGGUGCUGGGAGACUAAAGUUAAACUGCGAUUGAUUCUGACCUUGUAGACUUUAUCAAGACUUCCUCUCCAGCUCUGCCUGUCUGUCUGUUGUACAUUUGGAGUAAUAUAAGUUCCCACCUGUAUCGAAGCUCAGAAAUCAUUAAAAAAAAUCAACAGGAAUUUUCAGAUCUGUUUAGAUAGGUACUUGAUGUACGAGACUUCAAAUAAUAUUUGUAAUAUAUAUCGUAGAGGACAAAGUUUGUACUUCAUAUUUUUCCAUUGGAGAUCACAGGUAUUCAAAACUUCAAGCCUCAGAAAAGUGUUUUUAUAAACCGCCUUAAAACAAGAUAUUAUAAAUUGCUUUUCUUUUGGACUUGAUGCAAUUUUGAAUUUUUUAUUUAAUUUAGAAGAUCUACUGAUGGUCAAAUGUAAAACUGGGGUCAAAUAUUGGAAGUCUCACUAUAACACAAAUAUAAUUAUGUUGUAUAUUACGUGAUGUAACAUUAACACUGAUCACAUGUACCAGGUGUAGUUAGGUAAUACCAGGGUAUAUCUGUAACAAAACUUAAUGGGCUGGGAAUGAUGUACACUUUCUUGCAUGCUUUAAAACAAAUAGGAUUGACUGUCUGGUCAAAAUUGACCAAACUUUUUUUUCUGUAAAUAAAUGGGUAACUAGUUUUCAUUAUGAUGUUCAGUUUGGACCAGACAGAUGAUUAAAGCUGGUCUCUAAACCUAUUCAGUGAUUAGAUGGUGAAGAUGGAGCAUAUCUGUAAUAUGGUCAAAUAAAACAACUUUCCAUAGAA